AACCACCUACGCUGGGCGUGGUUUGUGUUACACGUGUGCUGCCUGUGGUUGAUUGACAGCUGGUAGGCGGAAGUUGUGUAUGGAGCAGAGUGUUGUCUAUGUGAGAGUCGGAGUCAGCACUGAGCGGGGGAGCCAUGGUUAUCUCAGAAGCUCCAGAAAUAAUUUUUAGGAUACGUGGUGGGUUAAGUCUGUCUUUUCCUUUGGCAACAGCGGAUGAAUCCUCCUGUAAGAAGGCCUUGGCAAAAGAGCUUGGUAAUCUGUCCUCUAAGCUGUCUGAAUCUCUGGUCUUCCACGUCAGCCGCUCUUCGUUGUAUAUAUGGCCUAACACCGGAGUCAACACAUCACCCGGUGACCUGACGGAUAGUUCUCCUUAUAAAGAUGUCUUCAGCUAUAUCCAGAGUGAUGAUGAUGAAUCUAGACGGAGAUCUUCAAAAAAGAAAGAGAAAAAGUUCCAGGAUACGCAGCAGGUGGUGAACCUCAGCCCCAUGUUUGAAAUGUCUACGUCUUCUACGGCAGUGACUCCGACAAUGGAAUACAACACACAGUGUCAUCAUCUUGUGAACAUCACGUUGCCUAUGGAUAUGGCUGUGUCUUUUCCCGCGGAGGAGACGUGGGACAGGGUACAAAAGAUCCUUGUAACCAAACUAAUACAACAGCUGGCGGACAUGGAGAGGUGCCUGAUGAAAUAUAUGAAAGGAACCGCCAUUCGUGUGGCAGAACCAUUUCAUUUCAUGUUACCAGGAAGAGAAGAACUUGUCACUGUGGUUUAUCCGUCAGGAGUUGCAGAGUCUCAGCUAGAAGAUUAUAGAAAGGUAUUACAUGGUGAGUUUAACCUCCCCCUUGACCGACCGUAUUUCAGAAGAGCCAAUGCCUAUCAUUUUCCAGAUGAGCCAUAUAAAGAUGGAUAUCUCCGAAAUCCACAUGUACAUCUGAACCACCCAGCUCUAGAGGGUGGCACUGUCUCAUUGGUGCAGGGAAUCUAUGGUUACCAUCACUACAUGCAGGACCGAAUGGAUGAUAGUGGUUGGGGCUGUGCCUACCGUUCUCUCCAGACAAUCUGUUCCUGGUUUAACCAUCAAGGUUAUAGUGACCGAUCCAUUCCAACACAUAAGGAAAUUCAGCAGGCUCUGGUUGAUGUCGGAGACAAACCUUCCAGCUUUGUUGGAUCUCGGCAGUGGAUCGGCUCCAUAGAGGUACAGCUGGUGCUUAACCAGCUGCUCGGUGUCACAUCAAAAAUCAUGUUUGUCAACCAGGGUACAGAACUGGAAUCCAGAGGGAGGGAUCUUGUUACUCACUUCCAGACAGAAGGAACGCCAGUGAUGAUUGGGGGAGGAGUAUUGGCACAUACAAUUCUUGGAGUAAACUGGAGUGAGACAACAGGAGAAAUUAAAUUCUUAAUUUUAGAUCCACAUUACAAAGGAGCUGAAGAUCUACAAACCAUUGUGGAAAAGGGAUGGUGUGGAUGGAAGGGAACAGAUUUCUGGACUGCAGACGCUUACUAUAAUCUCUGUUUACCGCAGCGACCUGUGGUCUUUUAAUGAUGAACUGUUUGUUUCUUAGCUUAUUUUAAAUGAUUUUGUUAUCUACAUUUUUGAUGCGGCGCUGCAAGAUAAAGACUGGAAGGGGGAUUCCAUAUUCAGUAUAACAUUUAUUCAUUGUAUAAGAAAAAGUUAGACCACGCAUUAUUAAUUUGUAAGCAGAUGCUAUAAUGUAUAAGAUCUCUGCUUGUGAUCAGCAGUCUUCAGUGGUUACUUCCAGAGGAUGUCAAACUAUCCAGGUCAUGUGAUCACACAGAAGUAUGGCUUGUACAGUUCUGUCCAGAAACACAGGGGUAUCAUCACAUGACCAGGAAAGCAGAGAUAUUAAUUAUAUAUUGCUACAAUCCAGAAACCACCUUGAAUUGCAUUAAAGGGGUAUUUUAACAUUAAAAAAAAAAAGUACUGCUGGUUUUGUCUAAUAGGAAAAAAAAAAAUUUAUAUAUAAAAUUACUAAUCUAUCCCUGGUCCCCCCACAGCUGUCUUCUUCCAAGAUGAGAGCUCAGUGCAAAACCUGCCUGCUUAGCCAAUUGCUUGUGAUUUACUUGUGUGUGCAUAGAAGUAGCACAGCAGUGGUUGCGAAUUUAUGAAGUGCAAAUUUACGAUAGCACUUUUAACCAGUCUCCCAAAAUGUUGCAACUGUGACUUUGCUGCAUUACGGAAGUAUGGGGCUUCAGUGAUUGUGAUGUCAUGCCCCCCUCCAUUCAGGUCUAUGGGAGGGGGUGUGACUGCUAGUACUGAUGACUGGGGUGCAGCGGCAGAGAUAAUCAGUAUUCUGGACAUGUUAUCCCCUAGCCAGAGGAUAAAGUGUCUAGCGGCAGAAUACCCCUUUAACGAACUUGUCUACUUCUAAGGUACUUUGCUAUUUAUGAAGAAUGUACACCUCUUUGAUAAAUGUGAGGUAAGUACCCAUGACGUACGCCUAGGCAAAUGGGGGGGGAGAAAAAAAAGCUUUAAACAGUGAUAUAUUCCCGCGUGUGACCAAAGGGAUGUUCAGGUCAGGACACAAGUGCACCUCUUAUGUGAUCUGGCCUUAGACUGGUUUGACAUGUGCUGUUCUGAUGGCAAAACUAGGAAUGGAUUACAACAAAAAUUAUACAUCUGUCCACCAAAACAGCUUGUGAAAGUACCCUUACCCUACUGUCCAAUAGGGACCCUAAAUGCUAUUUUGUUGGCAAGUGUUAAGUCAAACAAUAUUGGGCAUGUCAGAAUUUUUGCUUUAUUGUCUACUGUACCAUGCUUGAGCUAGUUUUGUUAAUUCAGAGAUUAAACAAACACCAAAAACUUCUGCAUAUAUAUAUUUUUUUUUAUUUAAAAAACAAAAUGUAGAAAAACUAUGAAAACCACUAUAGCAAGGGGAGGAAAGCCGUCCAUCUAUAACAUCCUGUGUGAUGCCUCCUGCCAGCAGAGGCUGUAGUGUAAUCCAGCUUAAUGUAAACCAGUAGGUUAGAGCUCCUCAUAGAAGCAUAUUAACUCCAAGAACAUA